UACUAUAGAAUAAUUAUCUUUCUUUGUUUUCUCUACUUUUUUGCCUUUUUCACUUUUGACUUAUUGGCUUCUUUAGCUUUUUGCUUUUUCAAUAAUUUCACUUGUCCUAUGCUAUUUCAAAGAUUAUGAUCAAUUUUUGAAGAACAAUAAUCAAGUAGUAAUAUCAAUUGAUGCCGGACGACAAGAAGAUGUUAUGUUUACGAUUUGAUGAUAACAAUUUGGAAUUGAGUUAUUUACUAGGCCUUUCUAUAUUGCCACCAACUAUUGUUCUGGUUUAUUGUAUGCUCAAAUUUCUUCUUCAAUUGCUAAUUCACCAUCCUCAGAACAUGUCUCAUCCCAAAAAAAGAGAGACAAAAAUCGUUACGAACGAAAAAUCAGAUGCUGAAGAUCAGUUGGAUGAAGCAAAAGGCCAACAAGCUGUUGUGUACAGAUUUAGGCAGAGGCACAAAAAGAUACAAAGAGAAGCAACAAGCUGUUCUAAAUUGAUUGCAAAGGAAGAGGAAAGUUGUGUGUCAAAAACGCCUCCUCGUGUUCAUGAUGGUGAUCUGUUGCAUUUCAGCCACAGACAUCCUCUGCUAAGAUUUCAUCUUAAAGGAACAGAAGUUAUAAGAUGCAAUAUGUGUGCUAUUACAAUAUCCGGGGUAGCUUAUGGUUGUGAUUGUUGUCUUUACUUUCUCCAUGAGGCUAACUGCAUAUGUAGAUGUUUGUGGUUCCACGGGUAUCUGUACAGCUGCAUUUAAACAAAUUUUGUUAUGGGUUUUUUGGAGUUUCCCAUCGUCUCCUUCUAGUUCUGGCUGUUUACCGUCCGCCGAACGACGUAGCUCCGCAUGUUUAUAGUCAUGCUGCUGACUAUUAGCUUUUUCUUUCAGAUCUUGUACAUCUGCUUCUAUCUUUUCUAUUUUUUGGCAUAGAUUUGUCAUCAUAGCCAAUAGGUCUUUCAUCAUAUCUUUCUCUUGAGAGAUAGUCUGCAACAAGAUUUUUAUCAGUUUUGAAACCAUUAAAAUACAACUUUGAUGAUCUACAAGAAUUUAAAAUACAUAUAAAUGAAUUAUUAGAAAAGAA